AAGAGUAUGGAUUUCUAAAGAGACAAACUACCCCAGUGCCUGAAUGUUUGCUAUAGCAGCUCUUCAAGACAGAACAUGCAAUACCCUAACUACAGACACAGUGAUUAAUCUGAUAUUGCAGCCAUGGAAGACAACUCAAGCUUUUGGGACAGCUUGAUAUUUUCACACCCAAUCUGCAUGAACUGGAAGUCAGAAGCCGAAGGAUCGAUCUAUCAUUUAGCUAGCAUUUUGUUUGUGGUUGGCUUUAUGGGCGGAAGUGGCUUCUUUGGCUUGCUCUAUAUUUUCUUUCUGCUAGGGCUGGGUUUUCUCUGCUCAUCUAUGUGGUCGUGGCUGGAUGUCUGUGCAGCUGACAUUUUCUCGUGGAAUUUUAUCCUGUUUGUGAUCUGCUUCAUACAGUUUAUUUAUGUAAUCUACCAGAUACGGAGUGUUGCUUUUGACAAAGAAUUUCAGGAACUUUACAAUGCUUUGUUCCAGCCUUUGGGGAUCUCCUUGCCCGUUUUUAGAAAAAUUGUCCUCUGCUGUGGUGAAGAAGUUAUUACAUUAGAGAAGGAACAUUUUUAUGCGAUGCAAGGCAAAACUCCAAUUGACAAGCUCUCCUUGCUUUUGUCAGGAAGAGUUAGAGUGACGGUGGAUGGGGAAUUUCUGCAUUACAUUUUCCCUCUUCAAUUUCUGGAUUCACCUGAAUGGGAUUCACUAAGACCCACAGAAGAUGGCAUUUUUCAGGUAACCCUUACUGCUGAAACAGAUUGUCAUUAUGUGGCGUGGAGGAGAAAAAAAUUAUAUUUACUCUUUGCAAAACACCGAUUCAUCUCACGUCUGUUUUCAAUCCUGAUUGGAAAUGAUAUUGCUGAUAAACUCUAUGCAUUGAACGACAGAGUGAGCCAAGGGAAAGGAUUAGGCUACUUCAAGAUGAACGCCGUAGAAGCCAGUUCAAUUACCAUAACCCCACUGAACUUCAGCCUGGACUUCAGAAAUGCCACCUCUGUGCCUUUAAAUGAAACUGUAUGUGAAAAUUGGAGAGAGAUCCAUCACCUGAUUUUUCAUAUGGCCAAUAUUUGUUUUGCAGUUGGGUUGGUUAUUCCAACCACUUUUAAUCUCCAUAUGAUUGUCCUAAGAGCUAUGCUGGCAAUGGGAUGUGUACUUUUUAUCAUCUGGGCAGCCCUUUUUCGGUGUGCUGUGGAUAUGGUAAUCUGGAAUGCGGUAUUCCUUGUUGUCAAUCUUCUGCAUUUUAUAUACUUGCUGUACAAGAGGAGGCCGAUAAAAAUAAAUAAAGAGCUCAGUAGCCUAUACAAGAGAAUGUUUGAACCACUCCAUGUUCCUCCAGAGCUAUUCCAAAGAUUGACAGGACAGUUCUGCAAUAUUCAGAGUCUAAAAACAGGACAAGCAUAUGCUGCAGAAGAUAAAACAUCUGUGGAUGAUCGAUUAAGUAUUCUACUAAAAGGAAAAAUGAAGGUCUCCUACCGAGGACAUUUUCUGCAUAAUAUUUACCCAUGUGCCUUUAUAGAUUCCCCUGAAUAUCGAUCAACUCAGAUGAAUCGGGGUGAGAAAUUCCAGGUGUCAAUUACUGCUGAUGAUAACUGCAAGUUCUUAUGUUGGUCCAGAGAGAGACUUGUGUAUUUUCUAGAAUCAGAGCCAUUUCUUUUUGAAAUAUUUAAAUAUCUUAUUGGAAAGGAUAUUACAAACAAGUUAUACUCAUUAAAUGAUCCAACCCUAAGUGAUAAGACAUCCCAAAAAAUAGAUCGCCAGCCCAGUCUGUGUUCCCAGCUGUCUGUGAUGCAAAUGAGGAAUAGCAUGGCAAGUUCAAGUGAUGGUGAAGAUGGAUUACAACAUUUUCUCCGUGGAACUUCUACUGCAUCCACCCUUCGCCAACCAUCUCCUUAUUUAAGAACAUCAGCCAAAAUGAAACCAAUUGAAGAAAGUGUGGAAGACGAUGUCUUUGAAGGUCCAUCUGCCACACCAUUUAAAGGUCAUGAGUGACUUCACAGGACAUUCAUGCAUUUGUUCAGAAGAAUUGCAACUGUAGAUGAGAUUUUCAAAAUGAUGGCGUUAUUAUCUGUGUUUUAAUUUUAUCCGCCUUUGACUUUAUAGUAUCUAUGAGCAAACUUUUACUGAUCACUCAAACUGUACUAACCUCCACCCCAAAAAUCUUGUUUGUUUCAGUACAUCUAUAAGACCUGUUUGGGCCCUCUUUAUGCUUGAAUUAAUGGAAUAUGAGGAACUGUAUGAGGAAUGGAGGAACUAUAUAUACAUAGGGCAUUUGUGCACACAUCUGCCCCCUGUUCUAAAGUAAAUGACAGCCUUCACAGCAUCUGAAGUGCCACAUGUGUAUUAGCCUAGGCACAUAAGGACAGUGCUUU